CCUGAAACCACUAUACAAACAUCAAAUUUUUAUUGACAGCGUGUUUGUUGUUUAAGAUUUAAACUUAUUGUUGUUUUUUAAUUGUAAAAAACCAACGCAAUGUUAUACUUGGAAGAUUAUUUGGAGAUGAUUGAGCACUUACCUCAGGAAUUAAGAGACAGGUUCACAGAGAUCAGAGAAAUGGAUUUAACAGUGCAUAACAAUACAGAUGAAUUGGAGAAACGAGUGAAAACCUUCUUCAGCGACUGCAAAAGACAUGGUGAACUACCUCCAACGGUAGAUAUAGAAUUUCAAGCUAUAAGGAAAGAGUAUUACAAAGCACUGGAAGAUGCAGACGAAAAAGUGCACGUUGCAAACCAAAUGUACGAUUUGGUUGAUAAAUACUUACGGAGGUUAGAUACAGAGCUGCAUAAGUUUAAAUGUGAGCUGGAGGCAGACAAUAAAGGUAUUACGGAAGUUUUGGAGAAGAGGUCGUUUGAAUUGGACACUCCGAUGAGCAAUUCAAGUAUGACAUCCCAGCAGCAAAAAGAAAAUAGAUAUGAAAGUUCCAGUUCAUUUAGGUACAGUAGACCCAGGACGGAAAAAAGGAGAGACAGUAGCGCCUCUUUCGGGGAGAAAAGGCAAGCUUUGACAGCCAGUCCUUCCGUACCUAUAACCGAUAUAAGACUUGCAACUGUGCAGGCACCGCCCACCCCAGGUCAAUCUUACGCUUUGGGGAGCCAUAAGGGCGCCGGACCUGCAAUUGCAGCUGCAGCUUCGCAGGCUAUCGCAGCUACGCAACAAAUGCAGCAAGGAAGAAGAACGGCCAGCUUGAAAGCUUCGUACGAAGCUAUUAAUCCUCCAACAGGUCACAGCAGCAGUAGCAGCAGCGAAUUUAGUAUUGGAAGAGAAUUAGCUGGUGCCGCACAAACCGCCAUUCAAGCCAUACAACAGGACAGCGCAAACAACAAGAAAAAGCAAAAGAAAUGGGGGGGGUGGCAGCACCGCCAGCACGAGUUCCACCAGUUCCACCUCCACUUCCUCAGGUUCGGUGGUGGCGCCGCCCGCGGCGGUGGCCGCAACUGUCGAAGCCGGUCCUUCGGACGCGGCUGCGCAGGCCGCAGAAGUGACCGAGGCCGAAUGGACGUACGACCCGAACGAACCUCGCUAUUGCCUUUGCAAUCAGGUCUCCUACGGCGACAUGGUUGCCUGCGAUAAUGCGGACUGCCCAUCGGAAUGGUUCCACUACCCUUGCGUGGGCAUCACCGCCCCCCCCAAAGGUAAGUGGUACUGUCCCCAGUGCACCGCCACGAUGAAACGGAGGGGCGGCAGGAAGAACUGAUAGCGGCGUUGCCAUUCCCGGCUCAAGAGGAUCGGGUUUGGUAAAAACAAACGUUAAAUGCACGCGCCAAAACUUUUUUCCUAUUCGGUGGUUAUUUUUUUUGUUUUAAUUGAAGGCCGACAUUUUUUGUUUUUGUGAACUGUUUUUUUAACAUGCCACUUACAAAACUAGCAUUUUAUACUUCUG